UCAAAGAAAAAGUUCAAAGGAGGAAAUAGGAAGUCAGUCUCGAAUGUCAACACAACAAACAAAGUACAAAGAAGAGGAACUGACAGAAAAUUGAAUACGUUUAAGACAAUGGCGGGUAUUAAAGCACUGGUUGGGUUGUCCUUCAGUGGAGCCAUUGGCUUGACAUUCCUCCUGUUGAGCUGUGCCUUGGAGCAAUAUGGGGUGUACUGGCCUCUCUUCGUCCUUUUCUUCUAUGUACUCGCUCCUAUCCCCACCUUUAUAUCUAGAAGGCUCAGUGAUGACAGUGAUGUGGCCAGCAACGCAUGCAGAGAGCUGGCAUACUUCUUCACUACGGGAAUUGUGGUAUCUGCGUUCGCACUUCCCAUCAUAAUGGCCCGGCGUGCAGUAAUCCAGUUGGGGGCCUGUGGCCUGGUGAUGGCCGGCAACGUUGUCAGCUUCUUCACCAUCCUUGGCUUCUUCCUGGGGUUUGGAGGGGGAGACGACUUCAGCUAGGAGCAGUGAUAGACUGUCUGUGAAUCUCUGGCCAAACAGAGCCACAAUCCCAAAUGGACCCCUAGACCCUAUGCACUUGUGGAGAUCUGGGAGGAUUUGACAGGUGUAAGUAAUAUGGUAAUAGCUCCAUCUUGCCCUCUGAUAGGCUUGCUAGGUGGAAGGUUCACCAUAUUGCUUAUACCAGUCAAAUCUUCUCCGAUCUCCACAAGUGCAUGCGGUGUAGGAUCCAGGGGUCGAUUUGAGAUUAGGCAAUGUGAAGACUGGAUAGGUAUAAGCAUGUGGUGAAAUAUCACCAAGGGAAGAGUGGUUGUUUCUGGACAGGACCCACCUCUCUACAAUUGUAAUUGUAUGUAUGUAUGUAUGUAUGUAUGUAUGUAUGUAUGUAUGUAUGUAUGUAUGUAUGUAUGUAUGUAUUACAAAACUAUAGUUUGUUAACAAGAAAUUUGUGAAGUGGUUGAAAAAUGAUUUUUAAUGACUCCAACUGUAUGUAUGUAUGCACAAAUUUCUUGUUAACAAGUUAUAGUUUUGGUAAGUCGGUUAGGACAUCUACUUUGUGCAUGACACAAGUAAUUUUUCCAACAAUUGUUGACAGACAGAUUAUUUCACUUAUAAUUCACUGUAUCACAAUUCCAGUGGGUCAGAUGUUUACAUACACUAAGUUGACUGUGACUUUAAACAGCUUGGAAAAUUCCAGAAAAUUAUGUCCUGGCUUUAGAAAUUUCUUUUAGGCUACCUGUGGAUGAAUUUCAAGGCAUACCUUCAAACUCAGUGCCUCUGCUUGACAUCAUGGGAAAAUCAAAAGAAAUCAGCCAAGACCUCAGAAUUUUUUUUUUUUUAGACCUCCACAAGUCUGGUUCAUUCUUGGGAGCAAUUUCCAAAUGCCUGGAGGUACCACGUUCAUCUGUACGAAAAAUAGUACGCAAGUAUAAACACCAUGGGACCACGCAGCCUUCAUACCACUCAGGAAGGAUAUGUGCCUCCUAGAGAUGAAUGUACUUGGUGUGAAAAGUGCAAAUCAAUCCCAGAACAACAGCAAAGGACCUUGUGAAGAUGCUGGAGGAAUUAGGUACAAAAGUAUCUAUAUCCACUGUUACGGAUACAGGUAUCCUGUGUUCUUUCCUCUCCUUCUCCCCAAUCAGUCACCAAUCAGUCACCAAACAAUCAUCAAUCAGAAGACACACCUCCUGUUUCUUACCCAAUCACAGUUCCUUUCCCUUGGUUUAAAAACCCUGUCAGUUGUUUGCUCUAGAGCGCAAUCUCUCUGUAAAUGCCAUAUGUCUGUAGAUUGCUCUUUUUCACCUUCUCCUACUAUGUCUCUAUCUCUCUUUAUGUAUUGAGCUAUCUUUUGUUUGAGCACCUCCAUAUCACUUUGUCCUCACCUGUGAGUAUUGUUUUUGGUUAUGGUGUUUGUUUUCUGGUGGGAAAAGGGUGAACCAAGACAAGUCGCCCAUGGGCAUACACUACCCGUAGGUAAACUUUGUUAAAUACCCUAGUUAGAACUGGGCGGACCACCCACUGUAUUUUUGGUUAGUUAGUUAGCUGUUGUUGAAAUAGGCUAGUCUAGCUUAGGGGUGUUUUUGGAUGCUUAUUGUUUCUUUCCUUGGGUCCAGCUCAGCCCCUUUUCCUGCUCCCCCCAUUACCGUGUGUUUUCCAAUAAACCAUGUGUUUGACGGUAA